CGGGACAGCGGCUGUGUACAAAAUUACCCGCCGGCGAGUGAAUUUCCGACGGCUUAACUCUGUUCAACAGCCAUGGCUGUGAACGUCUAUGCUACAUCAUCGACCAGUGAGAAUCUCAGUCGACAUGAUAUGCUGGCAUGGAUCAACGAGUCUCUUCAGUUGAACCAUUCUAAGAUUGAGCAGCUGUGUUCUGGGGCAGCAUAUUGUCAGUUCAUGGAUAUGUUGUUCCCGUCAAGUGUUCCUUUGAAGAAAGUCAAAUUCCAGGCGAAAUUGGAGCAUGAAUAUAUUCAUAACUUCAAAAUCCUCCAAGCUGCUUUUAAGAAGACUGGGGUUGACAAAGUUAUCCCCGUCGAUAAGCUGAUUAAAGGCAAAUUUCAGGACAACUUUGAGUUUCUGCAGUGGUUUAAGAAGUUCUUUGAUGCCAACUAUGAGGAGAGAGAUUACGACCCUGUGGCCGCCCGCCAGGGUCAGGACAUGCCAGCUGCGUCAACCCCUGCCCCCACCAUGGCCAGCAAACCAAAGAAAGUCAGCACAGAGGAGGGCCCCACACCUGUUGUCAAACCAACACUCCCAGUUGCCCCUCAGCGACCAGUGACACAGGCCAAGGCUCCACCCAAGACCACACCCACCUCAGCACGGAGAGCAGGGGGCGGGUCCGGAGAUGACGACAAGGCGGAACUUAUCCAAGAAAUCAAUAUGUUGAGAUCCACCAUUCAGGAUUUGGAAAAAGAGAGGGACUUUUACUUUGGAAAAUUAAGAAAUAUUGAACUUAUCUGUCAAGAGAAAGAGGAGGAGGGUGACCCGACAAUGCAAAGGAUUAUUGAUAUUCUGUAUGCCACAGAUGAAGGUUUUGUCAUCCCUGAAGAUGAAACCGCUGCACCAGAGGAAUUUUGAUCAGUCAGUAAUCGAUAUCAUGGCCUUAAAUUGAGGUUUUUCUGUUUGACACAAGUUCUCCAACAGUACUGCCUUGAUGCAUUGUCCUUUGGUUCUUUGUCUUUUGGACUUUGACCUGCAGUGAAAAGUUUUUUUUCUACACCAUCAAAUUUUCUAUAUUUCUUAUUGAUUCAAAACAUUUUAAUAGAGUAUUUUGAUAAACUCAUAAAAAAUAUUGUAAUUAUUAAAGAUAUUAGUGUAAUUACA